AUGGCACUCCGCUUGAUCCACGCCGAGACCCGACAUUUCUUUUUCUCGGGGCAAGGCACAUCCAAAUAUGCCAUUUUAUCGCACACUUGGGGUGAAGGAGAGGUAUCUUUACAGGAUAUGGUAGCCAUAGGAUUGGACCCAGGACACGAAGCUACAAAUAGACCCGGAUACGCAAAGAUCGUUCAAACUUGUGAGCAGGCCAAAAAAGACAACAUACCUUACGUGUGGAUUGAUACGUGCUGUAUCGACAAAACAAGCAGUUCAGAGUUGAGUGAAGCCAUCAACACGAUGUAUCGAUGGUACCAACAAGCGGAGAUAUGCUACGCGGUUCUGAAUGACCUCGAUAUCAGCGGUGCUGACCUUGAGACUGCACUAUCGCGAUGUAGGUGGUUCACUCGCGGUUGGUGCUUGCAAGAACUCAUCGCACCGCACACCGUCGAGUUCUUUGAUGCGCAGUGGAAUCGAAUUGGCUCAAAGGCUGAAUUUAAAUCGAUGCUAUCAAGAAUCACCCACGUAAAUGAAGACAUAUUAGCCGGCGAAAUUGCUGUUGGGUCUAUUCCGGUAGCGUGCAGAAUGUCUUGGGCGGCCGGACGGCAAACCACGCGGGAAGAAGAUACAGCGUACAGUCUUUUAGGCAUUUUUGACGUCAAUAUGCCAAUGCUGUACGGCGAGGGUGGACACAAGGCUUUCAAGCGAUUGCAGGAAGAAAUCAUUAAAACGUCCAACGACCUCUCGAUCUUUGCCUUUCCCACUGAAGUUCAAGAAGGCAAGCUAGGCAGCACGCAGCUUUAUGCCGAUCUGUUUGCCAAACACCCCAGGGACUUUGUUAGCUGCGGAAAGCUGAGGCACAUAGGCAUCGAUGUGCGAUGGAAUGAUGCCUUCGCUCUCACAAACAAAGGGCUUCAUUUCCAUAGAGCUACUUUUCGAGCCGACCAGCGGCUUGGAGUGUUUAUCAUGUCUCUGAAUUGUGGAACGUCGGAGUCUGAACCAGUAGUGCUGCAUUUUCGGAAAGUCGGCUCCGGUCUCUAUGCGAGGUAUGACUCGAGUCAUCGAUCCAAAGCUGUGAGCCCGUUGGUCGCGGACGACGUGAGAUUCGAUGCCCAAGUCGAAGAAGAGGCGUAUAUCAUCUCAACUCUUUCCCCUCUGGUUCAAUUCAGGCUUGCACAAGCCGAUGAAUACGCAAUCCAUUUAUGGUCUCGUACUCAUCAUCUGAACGCAGCAGUUCAGCCCCUACUGCGUGCUUCUUCAAGCCUCCACUGGGACGUUUCACGAAUGCAAUUUCUCACAAAGGGAAGCAAGAGCUUUCAAGGAUUCUGCAAAGUAUUCCUGGGUAUGCUCAAACCAAUCAAAAGUACAGCAAACAGCCCGCAAAUCCCCUCGGGUCAGCUUUAUGUUGUUUGCGGCGUCGAGCAUCUCACAGACCCUCAAACGCCCAAGGGUUGGGUACGAUUGCUGUCAGUGGAAAAGUGGAAGGAGCUUGAGACGAACUUCGGUCUAGUAUCUGACCAUAAUGGAGUGGCACACGUUAUGGAUGUUGACUGUACGAGGGACCAAAUCACAUUCCAGGGCUCGACAACUAUUUCCGCCGUGGUGAAACUCGAGAUGCACGACGAAAUGCCGCGAUUCGAGUUGGAGAUAAAUGUUGGGCCUCCCGUAGUAUAG